AUGGCUGGAUCAGACCUCGAGACUCGUCAGCGCUACGCGACUUGGACCUGGCGCCGUCGGUCUGGCGAGGUGCUCCCCCGGCCUACUUGUCGCGGGAAGCGUCCCCCGAAUGGUUUUAUGUGGGCCCCGACACCAUCGCAAUUUUACUGGAUAUCCCGCAUCCCAGAAGUCGGAUACAUGACCAUCUGGUCGAAAAGCAUGAUCGUGGAGUUCGAAGAAACGUCUGCAGAGCUGGCGGCGAAAGGGAUCGCGUUAGAGAGGCUGGAAGAUCAGGAAGCACCGAAGAAGUGCGAGCCCUGGCCCCUACUGAGCCUCCCAGUGGCUGCGUGCUCAGAUCGCGGCGAAGAUAGCGAUACCUCCAGGCGUUCGAUAAGGGGUGGACGCAUCGGACCUAUGUUGCCACUGGACCUCGGAGACAAGGAUGCGAAAGCGACCGGAGGGUCUUUGUUCGGAAAUACUUACGGCUUCGAGAGCAAGCUAGAAGAGCUCAUUCCUGCUUCCUUCUAUCCGGAUGUCCUCAUAGUCAACGACCCUCGAGGAAUCACAGAAGGUAAACGUGUGCUGGACCCAGCUGAGGGUGCUGACGCUCUGGAAUUUCUCCCUCGGCACUACAAACGCGUCUGGCCUGAUGUCGACCGCCUGAAGUAUCCUGCUCUGCCUGCGCCAGGGAAUGUCGCGUACUUGAACCUUGCUGGUGCUCCCCACCUCGGACACGGAUCCCACUCGUCCGUGCAUCGCGCGUCCCUGCGGCUCCCCGGCGCGCUCGCUGGGAUGACGACCGAUGGCUCAGUCUCUGUGGCGGCGAAGAUUGCUUUUCCUAUUACUGGCGCGCGUGCUAUGCUGGAUCACGAAGCGGAAAUGUACACGAGAGUCUACGGCCCUGCGGACGACGACGAUAUGGUCCUUGGCCAUUCCCCUGCUCUAGGUACGAAGAAUGAGGAGAAUGAGAAAGACGGCGAAGCCGAAGACAAAGAGGAACUUGAUCCUGCUCGCCACCGCCACCUAAUGGAGCACUUCACUGGCUUCAACAUAAUGACUCCACAUCUGGCACAUCCGGUCCCCGUCGGCGCUGUUCUCCCCAAGCUCUAUGGCUAUUACAUCCCUUGCGAAGAAUCUGAAGCCUUUGUGAGAGCACGGAAGACCGACAAGAACCCAGAAGACUACUGGCGUACACGGGACUACGGAAGCGCGGAAAAGAACAAACCACCGAAGAACCUUCUGAGCCCCAUUCUCCUGAUGGAGGACUGCGGCACGCCCAUCAACCCCCGUGCGAUGUCAAUCGACGACAGGACCGAAUGCUACUCCUUCCUCCUUCGCCUUCAGAAUGCCGAGUUCAACCACAACUCCUUCUGGAUACGUAAUAUCCUGACGCAGCCAGGGCCUCUCCACCUGCCACCGCACGAGCGUACCAACGAUGUGCAGAGUUACCGCCUAAUCGACGCCGGGCGCAUGAUCCACUGGUACGGAUACAUAGAGGGCAGGGUUGGCAUGCUGCCCGAGCCUACGAACGAGAAAGAAGCCAGGGAGUACGUGGAGAAGGUGGAAAAUGCGGGAGCUGCUUGGGAAAGGUGCAAGGCGCAGGAUACGGAUUAUGGUCUGAAGGAGCUCCUGCUCGAAGGCCGGGUGAGGGUAUGUAACGAGAUUCUUCUCCCGCACCGCUUCAUGAUAUAUUGCUUGAUGUCAGAAUUCAGUGGGAACUUGGUCACGACGGACGACACAGGCACAGGGUACUGA